GCUGCACGCGCAGAAGUAGGUCAUUUGUAGGAGAGGAAGGAUCGCAGAGAGGGAGAAAGAAGGCGAACGCGAACGCGAUUGUUUAAGUUAAACCGUCUCUCGCAACGAAUCCUCGAUUGCGAUCGAUUUAGGGUUCUCAGUUUCGAUCGUCUCCGGCAAGUCCUGAAGGUCUGUUCCUCGGCCCGAUCGAUCGAGCAAGAAGAUGAGCAGCCACGCCGCUCCUCUUACGAGAAGCCUCGCCUCCCGUCGCGCUGCGUUGGCGGCGAAGAAACUCUUUCUGUCCGAGAACGGCAGCACUAAUUCUUCAGCCGCCGCCAACGGGAACACCACCAAGCCGAAUUCUCCUACUCAAGCAUCUGGGGAAAGGACGGUUAAGAAGCUGAGAUUAUCGAAAGCUUUGACUAUUCCGGAGGGCACGACUGUCUCCGACGCGUGUAGGAGGAUGGCGGCGCGUAAGGUCGAUUCCGUGCUUUUGACGGAUGUCACCGGGCUUCUCUCUGGAAUUGUUACCGACAAGGAUAUUGCCAUAAGGGUUAUAGCGGAGGGGUUGAGGCCGCAGCAAACACCUGUGUCUAAGAUUAUGACUAGAAACCCACUUUACGUAAUGUCUGAUACUCUUGCAAUAGAGGCUCUACAGAAAAUGGUUCAAGGAAAAUUUAGGCACCUUCCUGUAGUAGAGAAUGGUGAAGUUAUUGCCAUGCUGGAUAUUACGAGAUGCUUGUAUGAUGCUAUAUCAAAAAUGGAAAAAGCUGCUGAACGAGGUAGUGCUAUUGCUGCUGCAGUUGAGGGAGUUGAACGUCAAUGGGAAAGCAGCUUGUCAGCGCCCUAUGCUUUCAUUGAAACCCUCCGAGAAAGAAUGUUUAAGCCAACUCUUUCAACUUUUGUGACAGAGCAUUCAAAAGUUGUGACGGUGUCUCCCUCAGAUUCUGUAUCUGUUGCAACCAAAAAGAUGCGUGACUUCCGAGUUAACUCUGUGAUUGUAACAACAGGAAGUAGUCUUCAUGGAGUUCUAACCUCAAAGGAUGUGCUUGUGCGAGUAGUUGCUCAAAAUAUUUCACCUGAACUAACUCUUGUAGAAAAGGUGAUGACCUUGAACCCCGAAUGCGCCACCCUUGACACCACAGUUCUUGAUGCAUUGCACAUUAUGCAUGACGGAAAGUUCUUGCAUAUUCCAGUACUAGACAGAGACGGACGAAUUGUUGCUUGUUUGGAUGUUCUGCAGCUAACACAUGCAGCAAUUUCCUUGGUUGAUGGAGGUUCUGAAGCUACCAAUGACAUGGCGAACACAAUGAUGCAAAACUUUUGGGAUUCUGCCCUAGCCUUGGAGCCUGCAGAUCAAGAGUUUGACACUAAUAGUGAAUCAUCAGCAUUGAUGACAUCUGAGCAUGCUGAAACUGGGAAGUACAAGUAUCCUCCUCUUGUUGGAAACACAUUUUCAUUCAAAUUUGAAGAUCAAAACGGGCACAUACAGAGAUUUAAUUGUGGUUUGAAUCUUGUAGACACGGAGAGUUUGGAUGAACUUGUAUCUACUAUAAUGAAGAGGAUAAGGCUUGAUCGUGACAACAAAAUUCAACUUUUGUAUGAAGAUGAUGAAGGCGACAAGGUUCUUCUAACUUCAGAUAGUGAUGUUGUGACAGCUAUCAAUCAUGCCCGAUCAGCAGGAUGGAAGGUUCUAAGGUUGCACAUUGACGACCCAGAAACUAAGAAUGAAGCUACGAAAACAGAUCUUGCAGAAGUCCAAAGAGGUAGAGUAACAACUCUCCAAUGGGGGAUUUUAACUGGGACUGUGGUACUGGCUAGCAUUGGAAUUAUGGUUUACUUGAAACGAUCCAACUCGUGACUCAUUUAAAAAUUAAAAUUUCAGGCUACAUAAAAUAUAUAAAAAAAAAAUAAAGCUCCUGAAUGGCAUUUAUUUGCGCAUGUCAGUUGGAUCAUCAAAGAUCGCUCCAAUUUUGAGCAUACCCUAAUGUAUAAUUUUUAGCCGAGCAAAUAGAGGAAUCGAUGUGAGUGAUAUUGAUCAAGCAAUGAAAUAAGAAAUCUUGUGCAUCAAUUAUUUUCAUGCUUAUUGAUAAGGUGUUUUGGUUUUA